AUGAGGUUCAACAAACAGAUUUCGCUAUCGGAUUUGAAACGAAAAAUCAGUACAAAGAUAGCAAGCCGUUGCGGAAAGCAAAUGUCGAGACUGUUUUAUAGAUUUCCGAUUUCAACUGAUCCACUAAAGUUCUCAGAAAUGGAGCUUGAAGAUGAUGAUGAUUUAGGUACAAUGAUAGCAAUUUAUUGCCCCCUUGGUAUAGAAAAUCCCAAUCUAGUUGAGUUGUUCGCGGAGAUAACUGAACCGGAUCCCAUUCAAAUGGUAAUUCCAGCAAGCCAGCGCUCCGAAAUUGAUUUUGAUCUUAACGUCCCUUGGGAAGAUCAGUCAGGCUUUGUAUUGUCGGCGCCAACUCCCGAAAAUCCAAACACUGAGAUCCAUCCAGAGGUGCUGGCCACCAUAGAAGAUUGUGAUGAAGGGUCCGAUAAUGAUGAUCAGUCCCACCGUGAUCCCAACGAUGAUUUUAGUGACCCCGAUUUGGAUGAUAUCCCUGAAGACAUAGACGAGGAAGGGCCGGUAGAGGGUGAAAAUGCGAUCCCCCAUCCGAUUGGAAACACGGGCCCUGGUAUAAUUAUAAGAAAUAAUCCAGGAACCUUCAUGAGCGACGUGGAUCCUGAUGCAGCUCUUGCACGCGAGUUCUCGGAAUACCCAGAUAUUGUGCCGACUCACUUAGUUCACAAUGAAUUUGACGAAGAAGAGUUGUUUAUUGGGCAACAAUUUGAUAACAAAAAAGACUAUUUACAUGCUAUAAAAAAACUUAGUUUGAAGUUAGGUGUGGAUUAUAAAGUAACGAAGUCGACGCAGUCUUUGUACGCAGGAGAAUGUUGGAAAGCGUCAAGUGGUUGUAAAUGGCGUGUCCGGGCCGCGUUAAUGCAGGGGACAUAG